UGUUGUUUUCUAUUCUAAUUUCGAUUCACUCCUGUAUCCUACCUGUGGGAUGAGGUAUGAGAUGAGAAAGAGCUGAGAAGGAGGUCCAGCUGAUUGAUUGUGCACUCUGCUCUGCUGGAGGACUCGUCCCGCCCAGAGAGGUUCACACCCCAUCUCUCUACUCACUCUCCUCUGUCUACUAACUGACUACAGAACGAAUAGAGGGAACAAAGAAGACGGAGAACAGCAACCUGCCACUUUAUUAUAAGGAUACAAACAUUUUAACUUUAACAAGUUGUGGGUGGACCUACUGAGUAAGGGCUUUUUCACUUCAAAAGACCCUCAUCUAUUUGUCCUUUGCAACCAAUGGAGAGCCUUCCCACCAGUAUCAGCUCCCCCUCCACUACUGAGACCCUCUUGCCCCUCUUGACCCCAGAUCCAGCUAACUGCAGUGCCUGGGACCAGCGAUGGGGGGCACCAUACCUGCAUAGGUUGGCCCACCUCGAUGUGAAGCUUUACCAAGACUUCUAUGCUGUGUGGGUCUCUCUCAUGGUGUGUAACUGUCUGAUGCUGGUGGUCGGUGUGGUCCUCAACAGUCUGGCUCUCUACGUCUUCUGUGGGGCCUCCACUCACUCCUCAGCCUCUGUGGUUUACACCAUGAACCUUGCUGUAGCUGACCUGCUGGUGGCGCUAUCGUUGCCCGCUCGCAUCGCUCUGUACCACAGUGGAGGGCGCUGUGUGGCCUGCUCCUACGUUCACACUUUCAGCUACUUUGUCAACAUGUACUGUAGUAUACUGUUUCUCACCAGUAUCUGUAUAGAUCGGUACCUCGCUGUCGUCCAUGCAUCCAGUACUCUCCAUCGAUGCAGGACCACAGGGACAGCCAGGUGUGUCAGUGCCACAGUUUGGUUCAUUGCAGUUGUGGUCACCUACUCGUUCCAGACCACUGCGUUGGAGUCCAGCUCCUCCUGUGUGCUCCUCCCUGCCCUCUUCUACCUCACCAUCCUGGAGUUCCUGCUCCCCCUCCUAGCAGUGGUGGGCUUCACUUUGCGUGUUGCCUGUUUUCUCUCCUCUAGCCACGGCCCAAUGCCCCAGCAGAGCAGGGCGAGGAGGGCACGUGCCGUCAGGCUGCUGGCCACCGUCCUGGUGGUCUUUACCAUCUGCUUUACGCCAUUCCAUGUCCGGCAGGUGCUGGUUUACUUUCGGGUCAAAGUCAGAGGGGAGGGACUGAGUCAGGCGGGGCACAUACUUGCCUAUCACAUCACAGUUACUCUGAGCAGCCUGAACAGCUGCCUGGAUCCAGUUGUUUACUGCUUUGUGACGGACAGCUUCAAGAGAGUAUGGAGGACGAGGAGGGGAGUGAGAGAAGGCGAUGGGGAGGCGGGGCACACAAGUGGGGGAGAGGGGGAGAGGAAUUCAGUGAAUACAUGUCCAGGUACGGCGCUGGCAAUAGCUCACAGUGUGGCUACACUCACCCUCACAACCUCUCCCAUCUCUGCGGCCAACAUGGAGCACUCCAUUUAA